AGCGCGGCCAUAACCGUGCGGACCCAGCACAGCCGCGCCUCAGGGGGCCGGCGCGGCCGGGCCCUGCCCUGCGGAGCGGGCGCCGGGCAUGCGGGCGGUGGUAGCGGACCGGGAGGUGGGAUGCUGUCGCGGAAGAAGACGCGGACGGAGCUCUCCAAGCCGGGCGAGGUGCAGGGCAAGUACGUGAAGAAGGAGACCAGCCCUCUGCUUCGCAAUCUGAUGCCUUCAUUUAUCCGCCACGGUCCAACCAUUCCAAGACGAACUGAUAUCUGUCCUCCUGACUCAACUUCUUCUGGAUAUGCUUCUGCUGGAGAAGGAAUUGUUUCCAGAAACCAGAGUUUCCUUCGAACUCCGGUUCAGAGGCCACCUCAUGAAAUAAUGAGACGUGAAAGCAACAGACUGUCUGCGCCUUCCUAUCUUGCAAGGAGUUUAGCUGAUGUCCCUAGAGAAUAUGGCUCUUCCUCCCAGUCCUUUUUAACAGAAGCUAAUUCUGGUUUGGAAAGCGACGCCAGUCCCCGUAGUUACUACUACGAUCAUUUCUACGAUGCCCAGAGGAGACGUCAGUUAAACAGUCGCCUCCAUGAGGACUACAGGUAUUACGAGCGCAACAGUGACCCUUUCCAGAGGGUGUCCCAGAGUCAUGGGAGGCACACUUCAGGCAUCGGUAGAGUUGCUGCUACAUCUCUAGGAAACCUAACAAAUCAUAGCUCUGAAGAUUUAACUCUUCCUCCGGGCUGGUCAGUGGACUGGACUCUUAGAGGAAGGAAAUACUACAUAGAUCAUAACACCAACACGACUCACUGGAGCCACCCACUCGAGCGCGAGGGGCUGCCGCCGGGCUGGGAGAGAGUCGAGUCAGCAGCGUUUGGAGUCUAUUAUGUCGAUCACAUCUAUAAAAGAGCUCAGUACAAACAUCCCUGUGCUCCCAGCAUUCCCUGUUACGACCAGCCUCCCCCGGUGACCUACCAGCCACAGCAAGCCAAGAGAAGCCAAGCCCUCCUCGUGCCUGCCAACCCCUACCACACUGCAGAGAUCCCAGACUGGCUGCAGGUCUAUGCCAGGGCUCCUGUAAAGUACGAUCACAUCCUGAAGUGGGAGCUCUUCCAGCUGGCUGACCUGGACACCUACCAAGGGAUGCUGAAGCUGCUGUUCAUGAAGGAACUGGAACGUAUCGUGAAGCUGUACGAGGCGUACCGGCAGGCGCUGCUCACGGAGCUGGAGCACCGCAAGCAGCGCCAGCAGUGAAGAUGGAUGUUGCUGUUCCCACUGAAAAGAUCUGCUGGGGGUGGUGGAAAGCAGUAGCUCUGGUCCCCUGAAGCCCGGUGGGGCUGAGCUCUACUCUGCCAAAAGCACCAACCUGGCCUCAAACCCCAAAAGGAAGCCAAGGAGCUGGGAAAGCCGGAGGAGCAGCUCCCCAGCAGCUCUCCCUUCCUCAGGCAGUGAGUGCCUCCUGCAUGACCACCUUAGGAACCCAAAGCAAACUGUAAUGGUGCAGAGGAUCCAAGAACAGAGCUGCUGAACAGAGGUUGUGGGGUGGUCUGUCCAGGAAUGCAGCACCACACACCCCUCCAGCAGCUGCCUUGGCGUGGCUCACAGCGCCAAAGGCCCCUGGCCAUAGCAGGGGGCUCCCACACCACAGCAGAAGUGCCCUUAGAGCUUCUCAGAAAGCACGGUAACACAGUUUUAAUUGUGUUUAUGUAAUUAGUUAAUGAAGAAAAAACUUGGUUACACGUUAGAACUCCUUCAGGUCUGUGAACAGCAGGUGGCUGGUGACUAAGCUACGGGCUGGAAGAGUUUGAGUUGCGGUAUCAUGUCAGUUACGCGUUCUUCAGUGACAUGGUAACUAAUGAAGAAGGGAAACAGAAGGCUGCAUGAAUGAGCUGGGAAGCACGCCGGCUGUAACAGAUGAGAAGCACUUUGUGGUUGGCAGCUGUAUGUACAUAUUAACAGACUGACAGAUGCCCACAUCCUCCCCUCCAGCCCCAUGGCGUCGCACCGACACCUCGACCCGCCCGCCCGGGCCCUGGUUCUGCGCCCUCCCCGGCACGGGGCAGGAGCUGGGGGGCAUGAGGAGGAGGGCACUGAGCCCAGGAGGAGCCAUGGGCGCCUUGCUGCUGCUCCCUCCUGCACCUCCCCUCCCCUAAACCUUCUUCCUGUCGGCGGGGUCAGCGGGCUCGGCCUGCGGCGCGGGGAAGGCAUGGUGGUACAGGUGUCUGUGGGUCGCUGCCGCGCUGUACAGCUUGUACAGAGCCUGCAAAAGGAGAGAGACAGACACACACAGGCUGUGAGGGCCCUGCCCCUGCCUGGGACACGUGCCAGCCCUGCUUCCCUGGCCCCUAGCAGCAUCCCAUUGCAGCAGCUCCUGAGAGCACCACAUCCAGCAGGGAGGAGACCAAAGGUUGGGCUGCUCGGCACCAGGAGGAGCCAAUCUAAACAUGCCCUGGUACAACUUGA